GAUCAUUGCAGACGUGUUCUGAAGUUGGAUGUGCUUGUUCUCACUCAAAUUAAUCACAAGAAGGAACCUUCGAAGGGAUUUCCACGGCUUAUCAUCGCCGGCCGAACAUCCUCAUACAAAUACGCCGUUAUGCAGUUGGUUGGACCCGAUUUGGGUCGUUUAAGGAGAGCCUUACCGAACAAGAGGUUGAGUUUAUCGUCAGCGUUACGGACAGGCAUUCAAACACUGGAUCGUUUGGAGACACUCCAUGAUAGUGGAUGGUUGUGUGGCGAUGUAAAGGCAAACAAUUAUGCUGUCGGCAGAGGCUCAAACGCUAAUACAAUCUAUAUGUUCGAUUUUGGCUUCGCAAGGAGAUAUAUGUAA